AUGGACCCUCGACCCUCAGAGACGCGCGGGAGCAUGUUCGCGUUCUACUCGCAGAUCGACGACGUCGGGAAGGGCGGCGGCCCCGCGCUCGUCGCCGGGCUGAUCAUGGCGUCCGGACGGAGGUUCGCGUUUAACGUCGCGAUGACCGGGUGGCUGGUGUGCGGGUGCGUUUUGUUGACGUUGCGGGGGUUCAUCGACGCGGACGUCGUUCGCGCGCAGGAGCAGGUGGAGGACGAGCUGGACGGCGUCGUCGCGGAGGAGGGGGGAGGGGGGGAGGGCGCGUCGAGGGACGACGAGGACGACGCGGAUAACGUAGCGUAG